GCCCGGGGCAUUGUGGGAAGCGGCGGCGUCCCGGCGCGCGCUCACCUGUCAGCCGCCGCCGGCUCCAGCGCUCGCCUCUUGCGCUCGCGUCCCCCGAGGUCCCGGCGCGCCAUGAUACAUUUCAUAUUGCUCUUUAGUCGACAAGGAAAAUUGCGGCUGCAGAAGUGGUACACGACACUCCCUGACAAAGAAAGGAAGAAGAUCACCCGGGAAAUUGUGCAGAUCAUUCUCUCCCGGGGCCAGAAGACAAGCAGUUUUGUUGACUGGAAGGAACUGAAACUUGUAUAUAAAAGGUAUGCUAGUUUAUAUUUUUGCUGUGCAGUAGAAAAUCAGGACAAUGAGCUCUUGGCACUAGAGAUUGUGCAUCGGUAUGUGGAGUUGCUGGACAAGUACUUUGGAAAUGUCUGUGAGUUAGAUAUUAUCUUUAAUUUCGAGAAAGCUUAUUUUAUCCUGGACGAGUUUAUAAUGGGUGGAGAAGUUCAGGAAACGUCCAAGAAGUCGGCCGUCAAAGCCAUCGAGGACUCGGAUAUGCUGCAAGAGACACUGGAGGAGUACAUGAGUAAGCCUACAUUUUAACCAGGCAUCUGCUGCAGAUGUGAGUCUCCGGUGAGCACCUGGGAAUGAGCAACGCCUGGUAUCCAGUUACUGUACUACGCCUUCAGCACCAUGCCAAAAAUAACUUUAAAGGGAUUCUUUGUUAAUUAGCAAGAAUUAAACUUGUUUAGCAUGAAAUAUUUAUCAUUUUUACAUGUCUGUAUUAUAUUGUAUAUGACUACCCCACAUGUUGAAAUAACUGCUUCAAGAUGUUAUUAUAACUCCAUAGACAAUAUUUGUUCGCAGUGCUUUAAUGCCAUUAGAAAAACUUGUUGCAAUAUGUUCGUUGCAUUUGUUUCUCUACUGACAGGCUGAACACUCUGUUGUAAUGAUCCCUGCUUUUAACUGUAAAGUAUAAAGUACAAACUGUAAAGUAUAUAGCAGUACUUUUGC